CAAGAACCUCCUCAAAGAGUUGUGAGCUUUGCUCAACAAAAAGAUGAUAGCAAGUAGCAACACUCUCUCCUGCAACUUCUCUCAUAUCCCAUCAAAAACCUCUUGUUCUCCCGCAAAAUCAUCACUUUAUCCUCCCCAAACCCUAUCACUAUCUCUUAAAUCAAAUUACAGCUCAAGAUUAUCCAAAUUUUCACCUCUUCUUAUUGAGCUCAGAAAGAGUCGAAUCCAAACACGCCUUAGCUCACUCAAAACACAGACUCCACAAGAGCCUCCACUUAUUUCUUCUUCCGACGAGGAAGAUGAGCUUCUUGCCGGUGGCGGUAAUGGCGGCGGGAAUAAUGGGGAGGAGAGGGACUGGACGACGUCGUUCUUGCUGUUUGUUUUCUGGGCUGCAAUCAUUUACUAUGUUUCCGUCCUUGCUCCUAACCAAACACCGGUAACAGACUCGUAUUUCUUGAAAAAGCUGCUGAAUUUAGCAGGAGAUGAUGGUUUUCAAAUGAACCAAGUAAUGGUAGCUCUAUGGUACAUCAUGGGUUUAUGGCCUCUUGUGUACAGUAUGCUUCUCCUUCCAACAGGCAGAAGCUCGAAAAGCAAAAUUCCGGUUUGGCCGUUUCUUUCUCUGUCAGUCAUUGGAGGUGCAUAUGCUCUCAUUCCCUACUUUGUUCUGUGGAAACCACCAGCUCCUCCAGUUGAAGAAACCGAGCUUAACAGAUGGCCAUUGAAUUUCUUCGAGUCAAAAUUAACUGCAGGGAUUACAAUGGCUGCAGGACUGGCUAUUAUCAUCUAUGCAUUUUCAUCGGAUGGCGACAUUUGGAAAGAAUUUUACCAAUACUUCAAAGGAAGCAAAUUUAUCCAUAUCAUGAGUAUUGAUUUUUGUUUGUUCUCGAUGUUUGCUCCUUUUUGGGUUUACAAUGACAUGACUGCUCGGAAAUGGUACACUAAGGGCUAUUGGUUUCUUCCUAUAUCCAUAGUUCCACUUUUAGGCCCAGCCCUUUAUCUUCUGUUACGACCACCAUUGUCAGUAGUUCCAAUGGCUUCCACGCCAAAAUCGGAUGAAACAUGAUGCAGUAAGCUUGUUUUCUCCACAUUUAUAUGUCUAGGCGAAGAAAUUUUGAAGGUUUACAAUGCACUUGAAAUGUAACAAUACAUUACAUUGUACAUAUUUACGUGUAAUCUUCUUGUAAUCUCAUUAUUAUGAUCUCUAUUAGACGAUUUUUGGAAAUUUUAUCUUUCUCUUUUCAAAUAAUAUAGGGAAUGCUAAAGAUAAAGUAUAAUUUAUCAUAAUACCAUGUUGCCUGUAGAGAUUUUGUGCAGGCAGUGAGAUGUAUCUUUUGCUCAAAACUUGCUGAUUUUUGACAUUUGCAAUUUGUUCAAACUGAUUACACAUUGAAUCAAUUUGGGGGUUAUGAGUUGUCUAAUGGAAGCAACACUCAAGUUAGUGGGGAACUUGUUUUAUUUUUAUGGUAAGUGUAUUUAGU